AUGAACAACUUCGUCGUUGGCCAGGUAACACCUGGUAUGUUCACGAAGCUUGGUUAUGGUACCUUCCUGGUAUUUGGUAUCAUGAUUACGCUCGGUGCUGGAUUUGUUUGGUUUUUCACGCCUGAAACCAGCAAUAUCACCCUAGAAGAGAUGGACGCACUCCUUGACGGCGGUGGUACCUCCACAGGAGACCUUGAGCUUUUACAAACUAUACAACAUGAGAUCGGGCUAGGCCACCUUAUACAAUCUCUUACUCAACCAUCAAUCACAGAUUAUGAUAAGCCGGCGCUUGAGCAAAUUGAGAGGGCACCAAUGUAA